AUGGGUUCUACAGGCAAGAGUCAGCAUGUAGCCAUCCUUGGCUGUGGCGUGAUGGGCGCAGCAGUCCUCGAGGGCUGGCUGAAGAAUGGAUCCGGCUACACAUUCGCAGCGCACACAAGAACAGAAGCAUCACUCAACAGCCUCAAAAACGACCUCGGCGACCUCAGUGGCAACGUCAAAUUCUCCCACGGCAACGACCAAAUCGCAGCAACAGCAAAAGACGCAGACAUCGUGCUGCUCGGCUUCCUACCCAAGCAGCUCGCCGAAGUCCUCAAGCUCCCAGGCCUCGCAGACGCCCUCAACGGCAAAUCCAUCAUCAGCAUGCUAGCCGGCGUCCCCAUCUCUCAAGUCCAAGACGCAAUAAUCUCUGGCUCCUCCGGUUCAAAGGCCAGCGACUUCAACGUAUCCCGCAUCAUCCCAACUCUCGGUGUGAAAAUCGGCGAGAGCGUCACUCUCAUCGCCGACCCAGCAGAACCGACGGAGUCGAAGGAGUCCGCGCAGCUUAUCCAUUCUCUUCUCGAACUGAUAGGAGCGCCUCAGCACAUUCCAGAAGCGUUGAUGGACGAGGCCACGGCGAUUCAGUCGGCUGUACACGCGCUGGCUAUCGUGGGUGUCGAUGGAGCGACGGAUGCCAGUGUCGCGGAUGGACUGCCUCGAUCGACGGCGCUUGGGUUGGUCGCGGCGUCGUUGCAGAGUGCGGCUGGACUUAUGGCGAGGGGGCCUUAUUCGCCGGAGUCGUUGAAGGCUGGCAUGUCGACGCCGGGAGGCAUUACGUUGAAUGCGCUUGUGCAGCUUAAUGCGGAGGCUACGCCGGGUAUUGCGAAGGCUGUGAGGGGCGCUGUUAAGUUCACGAAGAGUAUGAAUGAAUAG